UUCGUGUGAUUGUUUCUUCCUCUUUCAGUAAUCUAGAGUUGAAACCUGUUGGAAUACUGGAAGUAAAACUAGUGCAAGCAAGGAACUUAACAAAUAAAGAUUUGAUUGGGAAAUCCGAUCCUUACGCUGUCCUUUUUGUACGCCCGCUUCGUUCCAGAACCAAAACCAGUAAAGUAGUGAACAACCAGUUGAGUCCAAUAUGGAACGAACACUUUGAAUUCACUAUAGAAGAUGCGGCAACGCAGCACUUGACCAUAAGAAUUUUCGAUGAUGAAGGCAUUCAGGCUUCUGAACUUAUUGGCUGUGCCCAAGUUUCACUGCAGGAUCUCGAACCUGGCAAAGUCAAGGAUGUAUGGCUUAAGUUGGUUAAGGAUUUGGAGAUCCGUAGAGAUAACAAACAAAGGGGUGAGGUGCACUUGGAGCUCUUGUACUGCCCAAUUGGAAUGGAAAGCGCCAUCAAGAACCCUUUUGACCCUGAUUUCUCAUUAACCUCGUUCGAGAAGACCCUCAAGAGUGGUGAGGCAGAGGUUGAGGAUCCUACAGGGUCACGUAAGAGAAGCAACGUGAUCGUAAGAGGGGUUCUAUCUGUCACGGUCAUUUCAGCUGAAGACUUACCAGUAGUGGACUUAAUGGGCAAGGCUGAUCCAUUUGUUGUCCUUAGUUUGAAAAAAACAGAAAAAAAACUCAAGACCAGAGUUGUAAAUGAAUCCCUAAACCCAGUUUGGAAUCAAACAUUUGAUUUUGUUGUGGAGGAUGGCUUACACGAAAUGUUAAUUCUGGAAGUCUACGAUCAUGAUACGUUUGGCAAGGAAAAAAUUGGAAGAGUGAUCUUAACAUUGACUAAGGUCAUCUUAGAAGGAGAAUACAAUGAAACUUUUCCUCUAGAUGGAGCUAAAUCCGGAAGCAUUUCUUUAUAUUUGAAGUGGACUCCGCAGCACAAAUUCCGGGAUACUUAGAGGCCUAAUUUACGUAUUUAUUUUAGUUCAUUUUUUUAAUGUAUUAUUUCUAUUAUUAUUAUUAUUACUAUUAUUUUGAUAAUUUAGAUUCGGCAAACUCUUCAGUUUUUGGUUGAUCGUAGAAGAAGCCUCCUAUAAUUCUAGGAGAAAAUGAGAAUGGUAUCUACAAAGCAAAGUAUUACAUGUGUGUAAAUAUAGGCUAUUUAUAUCAUAUUACUAUAAUUUCAUUUUCUUGAAGU